AAAAUAGCCUAGGGAAGAGAGUUAAUAACUAGUUAAAGAUUUUCCUACCAGAAGAGUUACCCUGAACUAAUAACUACCACUUAAUUGACUUCUGCGAUCUCUGACCAGGAAUUUUUUUAUUCUGGAAAGCUCUUUCUCUUUCUCAGAUCCUGUUGCUCGCUGCACGGGCUUCACAAGUUUUUCUAAGCGAGUAAACAGAGUCUGCCCUUUCGUUUACUAUCACUUAGAUGCUUGCAUCGGCAACCCCGAGAAGGCGACUGAUUGAGCAAAGCCUUUAACGAUCCUGAAUUCUGCAGUUCUGUAACAGAUUUUUGUGGUCAUUAAAUUACAUCGAAAAUUUUGCCAGUUAGUAUACUUGUCUUCAUUUUACGAUAUAUUUGGAGAUACAAUGCAGAGAAGAAGGGCAAGAGAAAGACUUGAAACAGAACCUGCUUCUAGUAGCAGUCGGGAUUCAAAAGAUGCUACUAUCAGUAGCAGUAAUGAUUUAACAUUGGAGACAAAUCCCACGUCAAUUCCAAAAGGUCUGGAGAGAAGUUCAAAGAAGGCAGCUCUUAAUUGGACAGCAUUGCUCUUCGUAAUCAUCAACUCAUCUUGGCUUGUCUAUCACUUUCAAUUUGAGAGGCUGCCUCUGCCUCUUACUGCCGCUCAGGCUGGUAAGAGGGGAUUCUCAGAAUUGAGAGCUGUUGAGCAUGUUAAAGCAUUGACAGGAUUUGGCCCUCAUCCUGUUGGUUCUGACGCACUGGAUCGUGCUGUGAAGUAUGUUUUGUCGGAAGCCCAAAGGAUUGAAGAAAUGGCUCAUUGGGAUGUUGAAGUUGAAGUGGAUUACUUUCAAUCAAAACCUGGUGUAAACCGUCUCAAGGGAGGCUUGUUUGGUGGGCGAACAUUGAUUUAUAGUAAUUUAAAGCAUGUGGUUAUGAGAAUCACUCCAAAGUAUGCUACAGAUGCAGAAAAUAAUGCAGUUCUCGUUUCUUCUCACAUUGAUACAGUCUUCUCCACGGAGGGUGCAGGAGACUGUAGCUCCUGUGUAGCUGUGAUGUUGGAGCUUGCUCGAGGACUUUCACAUUGGGCUCAUGGAUUUACGCAUUCUGUUAUUUUUUUGUUCAAUACUGGUGAAGAAGAAGGCUUGGAUGGGGCACACAGCUUUAUCACACAGCAUCCAUGGAAUUCUACAAUUAGAACUGUAGUUGAUGUGGAAGCUAUGGGUAUAGGAGGCAAAUCCAGUUUGUUUCAGGGUGGUCCCGAUCCUUGGAUUGUGGAAACUUUUGCUCGUGUGGCUAAGCAUCCAUCUGCACAAAUAUUAUCCCAGGAUAUAUUCCAUUCUGGUGCAAUAAAAUCUGCCACUGAUUUCCAAGUUUACAUGGAGGUUGCAGGUCUAUCUGGACUUGACUUUGCCUACAUGGACUUUAGUUCUGUGUAUCAUACAAAGAAUGACAAAUUGGAUCUUUUGAAGCCUGGUUCACUUCAGCAUCUUGGAGACAAUAUGCUUGCUUUAUUAUGUGAAGUAUUGACAUCACCUCAUUUGCAAAACAUGAAAUCGCACAAAGAUGGUCACUCUGAUAAACAACAGAUUGUGUAUUUUGAUGUGGUGGGAAAGUACAUGGUUACAUAUAGUCAAAAGUUUGCAAAUAUGCUAUUCAACUCCAUUAUCUUACAGUCUUUGUUGAUUUGGACUGUAUCAUUGGUUAUAGGAGGAACUCCAGCUGUGAUUUGUCUUUGUUUGGCCUGUUUUAGUAUUUUUAUUACAUGGAUCCUAUCUAUGAGCUUUUCUGCACUUGUUGCCCUUUGCUUGCCACAUUUAUGUUCAUCACCUUUGCCCUAUAUAGCCAGUCCAUGGUUAUUAGUAGGCUUAUUUGGUGCACCUGCAUUGCUUGGGGCAUUGUUUGGUCAUCACAUUGGAUACAUUACUCUGCAAAAGUAUCUACUGCAACUGGAAAUUAAAAAAAAUGGCCUGGCUGGUAAGGACGGUGUCAGUAAAACACAAGUAGAUUGUAUCAGGUGGGAGGCUCAGAGGUGGUUGUUUAAAGCUGGCUUUGUUCAAUGGCUGUUAAUUUUGUUAUUGGGAAUGCGGUUUAAGGCAGGUUCUUCAUACAUUGCUUUCAUUUGGCUUGUUUCACCAUCGGUUGCAUAUGGAUUAAUGGAAGCAACUUUGUCACCAAUACGACCACCUAAAGAAUUGAAGACUUCAUCAUUUUUUGUGGGUCAUAUAACUCCUAUAGUGGUUACUGCUGGGGUACUUCUCCGCUUGAUAGGCAUAUUGAUUGGAGUUUUAGUUCGCUUUGACAGAAAUCCAGGUAACAGCCCAGAAUGGCUUGGAAGUCUUAUUAUUGCCAUGCUGAUUGCAGCCAUUGUCUGUGUGCUGCUUGUGUAUCUUCUUCCAUAUGCGCAUUGUUCAGGUGGAUUAAAAUGGAUUAUCAUGGGAAUGUCUAUGCUUUUUCUGUUGACUUUUUCUGGAGUAGUGUUGGAAAUUUUCCCUACGUUUACAAAGGAUGUUGGGAGGGCUUUGAGUGUUGUUCAUGUGGUGGAGACCCCAAGCGAAGGCGAAAGUCACUCUCAGUCAGAGUCUUAUAUUUCCCUGUCGUCUCUAACUCCAGGGAAACUGACAAAGGAAAUAAAAUAUUUGAAUGACGAGAAUUUCGUUUGUGGAAGGGAUAAGCCUACUGAUUUUGUAACCUACUCUGUUAAUUAUGGUUGUGUUAGUUCAGCCGAUACCAGCAACGGAUGGAGUGAAAGAGAUCGCCCAGUGAUACAAGUUCAGUCUGAUGAUAUAGUUGAAGGAAAACGAAAGACUGUUAUUUUUGUAGAUACCAUGAUAUCUAUCCGUUGGGUUAUGGCAAUCAAUUCCAUGGAGAUCGAAGGCUUCAAAUUAGAAAUGGCUACAGCAGGAGAUCCUUCUCAUGUGAUAGAUACACAUGAAACUUUGGUUCCUGAGGGGGACAUUGAUGGAGUUGAUGGGUGGCAUACUAUUCAAUUUGUCAGCAACAAGGGUGGACCCACAAAGUUUGUUCUUUCGCUAUUCUGGCAUCAUAACUUCACAAAUCUGCCGACUCAAUCACAUCAAAAUAAAGAAAAUGAUCUUAUAAAGUUGAGAACAGAUCUAAAUACCAUUACACCUAAAGUUGCUCGAAUACUAGAAAAGCUUCCAGAUUGGUGUGUGUUGUUUGGUAAAUCAACAUCACCCUAUACACUAUCCUACCUGAGUAGUCUCAGUGUCAGCUUUUAACUGUUUUAUGUUUAAAGAUUACAAAAAAUCCGAAGGCAGUUUUGAUGCAGCAAUCAUGUUCAAAAGGCUCUUCAGUAGGACUUCUGGUACAUAACAAUACUAGUCCAAGCUUUUGCUUGAAGUUAUUUUUCUCUGUAAUCACGUGCAAGUGAAUCUAUUUAUCUCAUGUUUAUGUCACCUUAUGAA